AUGGCAUCAUUCAAGCUUGUAAAUAUAGAGGAAGUCAGCAAAUUCGUUCAACGUUGUAUGUGCUGUGUUGGAACAAAUCCUGAGCAUGCUCGACAACUUGCAGAGUUACUGGUUGCUGCAGAUUGUAGAGGUCAUUUCAGUCAUGGUUUAAAUAGAUUAGGUAAUCUUUUCAUAUUUAAUAUUUUUACACUCGAGGAACUUUUCGUCUUCCUCCAGGGUGCCGAUACGUCGACAGUGCAAUUAAUAAUGCUGAUAUUAAAAAUAUUUGGGGGCUAAAACCCUCAUGUUAAAACCAGACUGUAAAGUUUGGCCUGCGCGGGGAAUGCAUUCUCCGCCGAGUUCUCCGCGCAGAAAUUUUAGCUGAAUUUCUAGAAAUCCGUGCACUUUCAAGAAAAUGCUACAAAAUCUCCAUAUUUUUGAUGAACUAAUGAUUUUUUUGUCUCUUAUGUGUUGGGCCUUGCGAAAAGAGGUAGAGAGAACUCUGAAAAUGCCAUUUCAGACGAUUUUAAUAGGGGGAGCAUCGAUACUCAACUUGCCACGAGAAACGUCAAUUUGACGUUUCUUUUUCAUACCCACCCACCCACCCUAGAAACGUCAAUCCGUGGCAAGAAAAAAACAAGUGUGAAUAUUCAAAAAUACUUGUAAUAACAAAUAAAUAUAAAGCUUUGAUUUACCGUCUUGCAAAGUAAGAAAGUUUGUUUGUUUGGUAUAUUUUCCUUGACUAGGGAAAACAUUGUACAGGUUUGUGUUUUUAAAGUACGUAUUACAAACAGAAUUUUAUAUUAUACAAAAGAAUUUUAUAUUGUACUUUUAUAAUAUUCAAAAGUGUCAAACUGCCACAGGCAAAACGUCAAAGAAAAUAACCCACACACCCACAAACGUCAAAUUGACAUUUCUCGUGGCAAGUUGAGUAUGGAUGCUUCCCCUUAGGGCCUGUUCAUAUGGGCAAAAGUUAUCCCGGUUAAUGAGAAAACUUUUCGACUAGCCAAAUACUUUUGUUCUGUUCAUAUGGAGAAACGUUAUCUAGUUUUCGGCUGUGACGUAGCACUGAACAUCAAUUGAAUUGAAAAGUUGCUGACACGACAGAAAGUUAUCCCGCUAAGCGGGAAAGUUGUGUUCAUAUGGGAAAAACAUUAUCCCGGUCACCGAGAUCUUGCCUGUCAACAAACGAGAUCUCGGUACACGGGAAAACUUUUUGUCUCAUAUGAACGCAGUGUAACUUUUCAUAUUAUUUUCAUACCAAGGCGAGAUCUCGCUUGUAAACUUGUCGAAAAGUUUUCUCGCUAACCGGGAUAACUUUUGCCCAUAUGAACAGGCCCUUAGAGACUCCAUAUUUUCGAAAUUUUCUGAAAUGUUCUGCCAUAGGUAGCCCAGACACUGUGCGAUUUAAACUUAAAUGCUUGGCAUACUUAAUUACCCCCUGCGGUGGUAAGUGGACAUCAUCUUUAAGAGACCCACCAAGGGGUUAUGCUUGGCAUAAUUAAUUACCUCCUGCGGUGACCAGUAAGUGGACAUCAUCUUUAAGAGACCUUCAAGGGGUUAUGACCGACAGGCGACAUUCCUUAAAAAGAGGUGACAGACUAUCUAAAAAGAGCGACAAACAACAAUUUAUGACUGGGAAAAAGUUACUGUUCAUGAUUUGUGUUGUGGAUCAAAAGUGACAGCGACAUUUAUUACAAUAAAACAAGGCGACAAAGCAGCCACAAAAUGAGUGAUAAGCGACCUGGUUUACACCCUUGGUGGGCCUCCUUUAAGUAUGCCGGGAAAUGUAAUAACCUAGAUGUCAAUUAAAAUGGGCUAAACCAAACCCUUCCUUAGAACUGGCUGGCCCUCAUGUUGGGGAACCUAGAUAGCUCUGCUUUUCAAGAUUUUUACCCCUCUGGAAUGUGAAAAUAGAAAUGCUCUGGAAAUACAUCAACACUUUAACCCUUUAAUUUAAGAGCUAGGCUAUAUGUUUUCUACUUUAUUUACUCGACUCAUAGAGGGGAGAGACUACAUGCAUGCCAGACUGCAGAGUCUGGCAAAUGCACACACAAGAUUUUUUGGCCAAUGUAGCAUGCACGCAGGCCCAGCGAACAUGGAAAGUACAAAAUACUGGGUCUUGCUUGCAGGCCCACUAUUCUUCCCUUGGUGGGCCUGCACGCGGGCUAUGGCCAAUAUAUGGUAUCGCACACUAAUUAACAUAUAUUUCAGAUUUUUUCCAGUUUUGUCAUGCAUUAAAAUAAGGACUUCUAAGACAAGUGUAAUAAUAACAACCACCUGAAAAUUGUGAAUGUUGAUUCAUGGGUGCAAAAAAGUUCAUUACCCUUUAAGUGGCAAUGCACCCUACUUUAGUAUUUUACUCUGUCUAAUGCCAGAGUAUUUUACUUUGUCUAACGUUAGAUGAUUUUACUCUUCAAGUGGAGAGUGCUGCCACUCAAUGGGUUUUAGAAUAAAACUGACCAUGUAUCCUCUUGACCCCUUAAGUGGCAAAUUAAUGCACCCCGAUGCGGCCUACUAAUAUUAUUGUAUUUUACUCUGUCUAAUGCCAGAGUAUUUUACUUGUCAAGUGGAGAGUGCUGCCACUCAGUGGGUUAAAGUUUUGAAUUUCUAUCUACAGCAGAGUUUUGCGAUCAUCAGGUUGUCAUGACUGAACAAAACCAUAUAGCAUGUAAGCAUGGGCACAUAAGAAAUUUUUUGAAAUUUGGAGUCUCUACAUUGUCAGAAAUGGCAUUUUCUAGUGCACACUUUUCCAUUUACAACUCAAUUACAAGGACAUGUAAAUUAAUUUUUCCUUUUACAAGGACACAAAGUGUUCAAAACAUUCUAUUUUGUGUUGUAUAAUAUUAAAUUUUUAAAUAUGUAUAAACGAAAUAUAUAUUCUUGUUUGUUCAUCAGAAUUUGGACCAAUUUUUGAAAAUUUUAGUUAUUUGUACAGUACAAAUAAAUAAAUUUCCUCAUUUUCAUAGAUUGGGUUAUUCCAGAAAACAUUCCAGGAAAUUAGAAGUUAGCCCCUCUACUCCUUUGGAUAUCCCAGUGCAUUGUAGUAUAUUUAUAUCUCCCCCUCUGGACGGGGAAAAAUUACAUAGUACAUGAAAUGUAGUCUGAUAUUAUUUUUGUGUCUCACAGCCUCAUAUCGCAGCAAAAAUCAUGCAUGCACACACAUUUAUUUCAAAGAUAUGGUUGAUGCAUGGUUGCCUGAUUGUUGGAAGGAGUGACAAACAAUAGCUGGUAGAUUUUGCUUCUUCAGUCUUCACUUGCCUGCACACCCUUUUUCAAUCAAUCCCUGCACCUGAAGGCCUGUUUACACAUGCAAUUUUUGCUGCAGUGUUAAUUAUUUGCAGUAAAUCAUUUUCUUUUUCUGAAGGAUGUAAAUGAGUGGAUGAGUUAACCACUUGUUCACAUCCAUCAGAAGACAAAAAUCGCUCCUAAAAUCGCAGAAAAAAAGUGAUGGUCCUUCACUCAGGAAUUUCGUUUGCUAGAAGGCACCAUUGUUUAAUUUCUUUUUUGGUAUGAAAUUUAAUCAUUUCAAUGAGUUUGUUCAAGAUAACUUUUGUGUUGUUCAAACACAUGUUGGUUAACUAUUUUCUUCCAUACUUGCUUAGAUUGAAACUAAUAAGAUAAACUCUGUUAGAGUCUCCAUAUAUUAACUUAGGUACCCGGACAUUUUGCCGAAAGACACUUUGCCGAAAGACAUUUUGCCGAAAGACAUUUUGCCGAACGGACACUUUGCCGACGGACGUUUUGCCGAACGGACGUUUUGCCGAACGGACAUUUUGCCGAACGGUCAUUUUGCCGAUCGGACAGUUUGCCGAAAAGACAACUUGCCGAAAAUAGAGAUGUUAUUUCGUCAAAAUGUUUGGGACUGUGACUCGUUUCUCAACAGUGUAAUUAUCAACCAUUGAGUAAAAUAACCAUUAUAUGGUCAUUAGCAUUGCAUAAUGGUCAUUAGCAGCGCAUAUAAUGGUCGUUAGCGGUGCGUAACUAUAUUGACUAUUGGUACCUUGUUUGUGCAACGGAUGAUUCAUUUGCUAGGAACGUGUUUUGACGUCAGGUCGUAAACAAACAAGACUUUGGUGUGUAUAAAGACACUGAACGACGUAAGCGAAUUUCACUUCGAGAAUCAUGGAAUACAUUCACAGUUCUCGGGGAAAUCGCAUUCAUGAAUAGUACAGUACAGUAUGAAUGAUUUUGAAUGAUGUUAUUCUUUUAUAUAUCAUUAAAUUUCGGUAAACUUAAUUGAAAGAAUAUAAAACGAAACUAUACUUCACUAUCGACAAUGACUUUAAUUUAAUUAAUCACAGAAACUUUGACCGUAUAAACGAACCUUUAGAUAGAUAGAUAGAUAGAUAGAUACUUUAUUGCGUGUUCCCCUAAGGGCUUUUCAACACUACAUUACAUAUUAAAAUUACUAUAAAUUACUUCUAAAACUACCUAUGUUACAUAUACUUAUUUAAAAUUAGUUAAAAUAUGUACAAAAAGUAUGAAAUAUUAAAUAUAUUUAAUAGAAUUCUUUUAGUAAAAUCUCUCUAAGUUUUUUCUUAAAAAUUGUUAUUGAUGUAAUAUUUUUUAGUUUAUCAUCCAAGUCAUUCCAUAUUUUAGCACCCCGGUAAUUAAAUGUUCUUUGACCUGCAGCAGAUUUAUACAGAGGGAUGUCCAAGAGGUCAUGAUUUCUUGUCGAUCGAUCAUGUAUGUCGGAACGCUUUAUAAAUUUAUCUACUAGGUAGUCAGGUGCAAGCCCAUUAAAACACUUGUAAGCCAUUACAGUAUCUCUUUCCAAUAAUAACUUUUCCACUGGCAACCAAUUUAGUUUGCGCAACGCCGGAGUUAUGUGAUCGAACUUUCCUACCCCUGAUAUAACUCUGCACGCGAAGUUCUGCACUGAUUGAAGUUUAUUGAUAUUGUUAGAUGACGUGUUGGACCACACCGUAGAGCAGUACAGAAGCUUGUUAAUUACAAGUGUCUCAAUGACCAAUUUUAAUGUUUCAUUAUCGAAACUAUCCUUCACGCGAUUUAUUUGACAUAGUUUUCUCAUACACGACAAAACGAGUUUAGAUAUGUGGUCGUCGUAGGAUAGGUACGAAUCCAAAUUGAUUCCCAAAUCUUUAGCUAAUAAAACAGGUCUUAUAGUCUUUCCUAAAAAUGUUAGCGAUAUUUCUGUAGGUACGUUCUGCAGCAUGGGUCUUGAACCUUUAAAGUUCAGAAGAUAUAUCUAUUUUCGGCAAGUUGUCCGUUCGCCAAACCGUCCGUUAGGCAAACUGUCCGUUCGGCAAAAUGUCCGUUCGGCAAAACGUCCGUUCGGCAAAACGUCCGUCGGCAAAAUGUCCGUUCGGCAAAAUGUCUUUCGGCAAACUGUCUUUCGGCAAAGUGUCUUUCGGCAAAAUGUCCGGCCACCCUGUGAAUAGGCUCUAAGAGACAUAAAAAAGUAGUGGAUUUUCAGACGGAAAAGUAAAUUUCAAAAUCUACUAUUCCGGUUGUAUAGUAGAAGCAAAUGUAAAUUUCGACCCCAGUGUGGUGAAAAAUUGUUCAGAAGAUAGAACUUGUCAGAACGUUUACUAUAUUGUUUUAGAAAUGUACGUCCGUGAUGUAAAGGAAGGAACGACAUUACCUGAUGGUCAACCAAUUAUUGAUAAAGAAACAGUUUCAACUGCUUUGGUUAAUGCUAAUAAUAUCUUAGGACCCGUAAGUGGAUAGUACAAAUCUUGAAGAAUAUCUUGAUUUAUAAUAGUUUGGGGCGUGCAUGAUUCUUGUCUCUUUCGAAAAUACCGUGCAUCCCGGUACGGUCAGUAAUACACAAUAUAAUAACUACAGUGAAACACGCAAUUUGAUUGGCCAAUAGCCGUGCAGGAUCAGGCUAUCUUGCACAAGGAAUUAAAAUGCCUUCGCGGGAUUCUCAAAAUGUCAUUGUUUCACAGACGUGACUGUAGUUAUUUUAUAAAACAAUUACCAACUGGUUUUCCAAGCAGGAUAGCGUGAUCCAUGCACUUGGGAUGUUGCUCGACUUUCGGAAAGCGUAAAAAUACACUCGCCUGUGGCUCGAAUAUCUCGCGACAUCCCUCGUGCAUGGAUCACGCAAUCCUGCACAGAAAACCAUUCGGUAUUCUUUAUUAAUUCACGCUGUAUAAUGAACAAGGUCACUAACAUAAAUAUUACUUUCAAUUUAUCAAGGUGAGCAGUAAUUUCUGUAUGGAUCUAGCAAUGAAGAAAGCUAAGGAGACUGGUGUAGGAUGGGUCACAUGUCAUGGUAAGAUCUCCAUUUAGAACAUGCUUCUGUGUUUUCCAUAAGAAUUUUAUCGGAUUGAAAGUUAGAGAAUUCACAUCAAGUUAUUCCCUUUUAUCCAUGGAUACCCUUAAUAAAAAGUGUAGCUGCAAGAAUGUGUUUAUAUAAAGAUUGAUCUUUAGUAAAGUAAGUUACUUUGUAGCUUAUUGAUCAACCUGGUUGUGAAUUCUUGUGAUCACACCAACCACGCAAGCCAGGGUCUUUACGGUCUAUACAUGCUAUACCCUGUCUACGAGGUUGUGAUCACACAUGCUUCAAGAUUCAUAAAUGACCAUCUUCUGGUUGUUCAUUCUAAUUUUUCAUUAAAGGUGCAAAUCAUUUUGGCAUUGCUGGUUACUACAGCAUGAAGGCAGCCAAACAAGGAUUAAUUGUGAGUUGCGCUUGUCUACGUCUGGCCCGAAAAUGACAGAAAACUAGGAGGACGUUCUUGGUGAAAUUGCGCUGUGUGUGACGUCGUACAUUAUUAUACUUUAUAGUAAACUUACGAACCAACUUUUCCAUUUCGAACUAUAGUUUUGUUCUUUAAGUAUCAGCGAUGAUUCUAUUGAAUAUUGAAAGUUGUUUCUAUAAAGAACCAUGUGCAUGUGUGUAACCCAUUUAUAUUUCUGUGCAUUUGGACAUUUUGUAGGGUAUGGCAAUGACUAAUACUUUUCCACUGAUGGUUCCAACCAGGGCAAAAACGGUAGGUACAAUCAAAAGGGUCGUUCAUUUUAUUUGUUACAAAUAUUUGUACUUAAUAAGUUCACGAAACGUUUUGUUAUGAUUGCAGAAAACGCUGGGUACAAAUCCAAUAUCAGUGGCAGCGACUGGCGAGAAUAAUGAAAGUGACAUGUUUGUUUUAGAUAUGGCCACUACAUCUGCAGCUCUAGGAAAGGUAAACGACGUAUACAGUAGUAUAUUGGCACUGUCCAAUACAGUAAAAACCUGGGCAAAAGAACCACCAUUUCGUAUGUCAGGCUGAAGUAGUUCUUAUAUAAUAGCUAUGUCGAUGCGAAUCUGCGAUAUACUCGCUCGACACCGGCAGGGAUGAACCAAAUUAAACAACACUUUGUACUCGUUUAUAUUAUAAUUAUUACCGUUAUACAUGUACGUUAACCGUUUACAACAUAGUACUGUACAAAAACGUUGUAACUAUAGUACAAGAUCGGUAGAAUUAGAAAGCUAAGUAGUUCGUUCAAUGUACGUUAAUCACUAAUGAAGUUCUCGUCUAGACGACCUAGCUGUUAAAUAUUAGCGGUUUGUUAUAUAUGAAUAUAUUACAUGAUUAUACAGGACACAAACAAGUCAGAAUUGAAAGGCUAAUAUGCAAAUAGCUAUCCUAAAUUUGAAUAAGUAUCUGUAACUAUCUUAAAUUAAACAUUAACAAUAAGCUAUAUAUUUUUGGCACUAACAUUAGGCUCCCCUAUAAGAGAAUAUCCUGCUCUUAUAUUCAAUAUAAUUCCAGUUAGUGCAUUUUUCUUUUUAUCUAAAAACUGUCCGUUCUCCUUCAAAUAUAAAAAAGUGUAAAAUAAAUUACUACUAUGGGUAAAAAACAAUCAAUGAAAUCUACUUAAUGUUUUGUCCAUCUAAAUUUUCGUCGUUUUCCAUCAACAGUACCAGUUUAUCAAUUGGACGUUCUUGGGUGGAAAAUGAUGACUUGAGCGUCACUGAACGAACGAAUCCUUCGAAUCUUGCCUUACGUUGACCACUCGUGCCAUAGGCCAAUCAUUUCUUGCGGUGUUUUCAUCUUUAAUAAGAACAAUGUCUCCAAUUUCGAUGUUUCUUUUAGGCUGAUUCCUCUUCGUUCUCGCUUGUAAGGUUUGCAAAUAUUCUCUUUUCCAUCUUGUCCAAAAUAUGUUCGCCAUGUAUUGGACUCUUCUCCACCUCGUUCGAAGAUAAACAUCAUCCUUUUGAAAAUCACCGGGGGGAGGCAUAACCACCUUAGAUUUCAUGGUCAGAAUGUGAUUGGGUGUCAAAGGUUGGAGAUCUGUGGCAUCACCGGAUGGGAAGGUUAACGGGCGGCUAUUAACAAUACAUUCCACUUCGGUCAUUAGAGUGCGUAAGGAUUCAUCAUUUAGGGCGUGUCCGUAAUCGCGUAGAAGAGAAGACAAAAUCGAUCGAACUGUACGGAUCUGCCUCUCCCAUACUCCUCCCAUAUGCGAAGCGGCUGGUGGAUUUCGGUUCCAAUUGAUCAACCAAUCUGCGUUGAACUCUUUUGAGGAAAUUUCCUGUAGUCGUUUAUGGUCCAUUUCUUCUAAUGCUGACUUGAGUUCCCUUUCAGCACCGAUAAAGUUGGUUCCACGAUCUGAUCUCAUUUGACGUACAGGUCCAACUCUGGCGACGAAUCGUCUUAAGGCACAUAUGAAUGAAUCACUCUCUAGAGAAAUCGCUGUUUCAAGGUGGAUCGCCCUGCUGGCAAGGCAUAUGAACAAUACACCAUAUCUCUUCAACUGCUUACGGCCUCCUUUCACGAGAUACUGGCCAAAGUAGUCCACAGCGCAGUAAGUAAAUGGCGGUGCUGGUGUGACACGAUCUUUGGGUAAAUCGGCCAUCAUUUGCUCACCGACGACGGCACGCAAUCUUCGACACCUAACGCACUUCGAUAUAUAAUGUCUAACUGCCGAGUUUGCAUUUGUUAUCCAAUAUUUGCUUCGGAGCUCGUUUAGGGUAUUUCCUCUUCCCGCAUGUGCAACCUCGUGGCUAUGACGGAUAACCAAAGUCGUGAUAUGGCUUUUCUUCGGUAAUAUUACAGGAUGCAUAAGAUCUUCGAGCAAGCUUCUUGAUUUGCCUAAUCUGCCCCCGACACGUAACAGUCCGUUUCUAUCGAUCAACGGGUCCAGUCGGAACAAGGAACUAAUCGUUUUGAUUUUUUCUUUUCACUUCUAAUCUUCGCUCUUGGAUCACUGUGGUUCUCAGCUAAUACUUCUUUAAGGGCAGCAAUUCCAUUGGAAAAGGAAUCAUUUUGAGCCAAUUUCAGGAUCACUAUUUCAGCCUUUUCCAUUUCGUCAACUGUAAUUGGUCUAGGUUUCUGUUCUGAUAUCUUCUUAGCAUUGUUCCUAGUCAUCGGAAUGGACGACUUGCGCUUUAGACUAAAUUUUAAUCUAAGUAAGAACAACGAAAUAUAUCACCACAGCUAGAAAGAGCGUCUUGGAAUUAGUAAUAUUACAAAGUUUGGUUGCGAAAUGUUGUAGAAUACGGAAAAUAUAGCCCUUCAAAGUUGGCAAAUUUGUAUACUUUUGUAUUACGUGCGUAAUUGGUAACUAAAUUAGUUACCAAUUUCCACACGUAAUAGAAAUGUUUACAAAUUUGCCAACUUUGCAGGGCUAUAUUUUCAGUAUUUUACAACAUUUCGCAACCAAACUUUGCAGUUUUUCUAAUUUUGAUAACUUCUUUCCGAAAAUAUCCUUUGUUAUUCCCAGAUUAAAAAUUUUUCUAAAGCGCAAGUCGUCCAUUGCUUGCUCGUAUUUUCGCUAAAGUGACCGUAGCAACCACGCAACGACUUUCUUCACACGCGACCACUGCGAGAAGUAUUCCAAACGCUUCAGCAAGUCAUUUUGUUCAAUUAUCGUUGUAUGCGCAGUUUUGAUCUCUAGGUCGUAAUCGCCGAUUUCCUUAACUGUUUCGGGAUAUUCUGGCCAUUCGAUCUCUGGUCUCCAUAAGAAUUCUGGUCCUCUUAUCCAGCGCUGCUGUUCGAGAAAACUGUGAAUUUCCAUACCGCGUGAGGCGUCAUCGGCUGGAUUUUCCUUGGUAUCCACAUAUCUCCAUUGAUUCAGAUCAGUUCUAUCUCUGAUAGCUUGAAUUCGAUUGGCGACGUAUCGUUUUAACAGCUUUAUUGAACGAUGUUCAAACGGCAAGAGUGCGAACGGAUCUCAAGACCCAUGCGAGGCACUCACCCUCUUGAAUUUUGUUUACAUCUAAUAUCAUUAUAUUUACGACAAUAUUAUAAAUUGGUAAACAUAUACCAGCUGAUUAAUAUCAAAUAGGUCGCUAUUGCACCACAUUUAAGUCAUACAUAAUACAGAUUUGUAUAAUCAUGUUAAAAAUUUAAAAGCUGAAUUAACUAUUUCUAUGGCAUGAACAGCUACGAUACAAAGACCACGUACAGCACAUGUCAACAUCAAAACUACUACUUAAUAAAUUGAAGUAUGUUCUUGAUAAGAAGGAUUUAAACCUUGCCAAACUGCGAAGAUCUCCAGGAGAGAAGCAAUUUUGCAAGUAUGAUUCCAGAGUGGAACAAUACGGUUAAAGAACGAUGACUGAAAAGUGCUACUUUUACAUGACGGAACUUUAAGCACUAGAGAGUCUGAAGGAUUAUUACAAUUACGGGUACGACUAUGAUUAACAAAUGACACAAAAUCGAAAACAUCCAAAUCAUAAAAACCAUGCACAGUUUUAAACAUAAAUGUCAAAUCCUUAAUUUCCCUGUCAAACGCCAGUGGUAAAAGAUUCAGAGCCAGCAAUCUGUCCUUGUAGGUCAUGUCACCUUUCUUCGAUUGAAGGAUCCAUCUUGUUGCACGCCUUUGGACUUGCUCCAGAUUUAAUUUGUUAUUAUAUUGGGAGGGAGACCAAACCUCUCUGGCACGCCGGAUACUGCGGUCUGUUAGCAAGGGGCAUGUUCUUCUAAGCAAACCAAGCAACCUGUUCGCCUUGACUUUUAUUUUAUUGAUAUGGGUUGUCCAUGAAAGGUUACUGGUCACUGUGAUUCCCAGAUCAACGUCAUUCACACGCUUCAAUUCGGAUGAUCCCAGAUAAUAUUCGAAAAGAAAAGGUGUUUUACGGCGGGAGAAUGUCAAUAUUUUACAUUUUGAGGGAUUAAAAUUGAUGUUGUUAUCCUUACUCCAAACAUCCGCACACGACAAAGCUUCUUGUAACUGUGAACAAUCCUCUGGAGUUGAGAUUUCUCUAUAUAGUUUGGUAUCAUCAGCAUACAGUCCUGUUGAUGUAGAUUCAGGAAUGACAUCAGGAAGAUCGUUGAUGAAGAGUAAGAAAAGCAUUGGACCCAAGAUGCUUCCCUGUGGAACGCCAGAAGUGACGGGGGACCAUGACGAAGCAGCACCCUCUACAACAACACGCUGGGUACGGUUAUGCAGGUAGUCAGAGAACGAUCUGUAAAGGUUUCCUGCGAUACCGUAAUCUUUCAGUUUUCUUAAGAGAAUGACAUGAUCCACUGAGUCAUAAAAUAACAUGAUCAUGAGAAUAACAUGAUCAACUGACGUAUGUAUGAAAACGGGCUUUAUCAUUAUUGAUAUACUUUAUGACUUUCGUGCUGUCCGUCCAAUAUGUCUCUUUCUCCGGUAAGUCCAAUUUUUCUUUAAGCAUUGUUCCGAGUUUGGCAGAUAAUACAGCAGCCGUAAGCUCCAGGCGUGGUAUGGUUACUGCUUUCAACGGGGUAAGACGAGAUUUUCCCAUGAGAAAAGCACAAUGAAUAUCUCCUCUGUCGUUAACUUGUCGCAGAUACGAGACCGUCACGUAACCUGUGAAACUUGCGUCCGAGAAGCUGUGAAUCUGUCUACUCACUGACGUUCCGAAAUCCAGGGGUUUGAGGCAUCGAGGCAAAACAAACCGUUCCAAUGCAGGAAGUUCGUUUCUCCAUCUUUCCCAACGAGCACGGUAUUCUUCUGGUAGGGCAUCAUCCCAAUCGACUUUAUCCCUGCAGAGCUCUUGAAGAAUUUUCUUGCCAGGCAAUAGAGUCGGUGCCGCCAUUCCGAUUGGAUCAUAAAUCGAACUGAUAGUUGAUAAAACACCUCGACGAAUCAGUGGUUUAUCUUUCAAGACAAUCUUGAAUCCCAGUUCAUCUGAUUCGACGAACCAUUGGACCCCAAGAGCACGUUCUAUUGGCAAAUGAUCGUAACUCAGAUCCAGGCUUUUAAGGUCCUUAGAUCGUUCUUCUUCUGGUAUUGUUUCCAGUAUGCGACGUUUGUUGCUCGUAAACUUGGUGAGACGGAAGCCGCCCUGAGCACACAUCCGGGUAACACUGUUGAUUCGCUCAGUUGCCAGUUCUUCAGUUUUCUCAGAUCUCAAACAAUCGUCCACAUAGAAAUUUUUCCUUAAGACGUUGGCAGCUUCGGUGCCUUCUUCGAACUCAUCUGCUGUUCUUCUCAGUGCAUAAUUCGAGCAGCUCGGCGAGGAAAUCGCACCAAAUAAGUGUACGUUCAUCUGAAACUCUGUUAAGUCCUGCGACAAACCACCAUUUGGCCACCAUAAAAAACGAAGAAAGGUUUUAUGUUCUUCUUGCACACGAACUUGAUAAAACAUACUUUCAAUGUCGGCCAUAAAUGCGGAAUGCUCCUCUCGAAAUCAUCGUCAGACCUCCGUGCUGAACAGACGUCUGAAAAUUUGUCUUAAGUUGAUAUAUUGCAGAUCUAUUUAUUGUUGAAAAGUUUAUGCUAAACUAAUAUGACCGAUUCUAUUAAAACAUUGAGAAAAGAAAACGAAGCUUUGAAAGGCGAACUAAAAUCCGUUGUAGCGGACAUGUUAACGCUGAAGGCGAAGUUUGAAGAACAAAGUCCGCCAUCACAGACGAGUACAUCAGAGCAAGCGAAAAGUCUCCAGUAUCUAAGCGAUGAAUAUGACGACCUAAAGUUAUUCAAAUCUUCAACAGAAAAGGAGAUCAAGCGUUUAAACACAAGAUUAACCGAGAUAUCUUUGAAGGUCGACAGCGUAUCCGACCAUAUAGAUUCAAUCGAACAAUAUAGUUAUAACUAUAACGUGAAGAUCUUCGGCAUUCCACAAACUCGGGAAAAUGAAACCUCUGCAGAUACCGCAGAUAUCUGUAUUCAAUUGUUCUCCAGUAUCGGAGCAACCAACGUUACUCUGCAAGACAUAGACAUUGCUCACAGGAUUCCUAGUCGAAGACAAUCCGACAGACCUAAUCCCAUCAUAUGCAAGUUCACAAGACGUUUAGCGAAAGCGACUGUGAUGUCCAGAAAGAAAGAAACCAGAAAGCUAACAGCUGCUGAUUUGGGCUUCGACCGCCGAACAAGACUUCAAAACGUAGCCAUAUAUGACCAUCUAACUCCUAAACUACAACAACUUCUAUAUAAAGCUAAACGCUUCCAAGCCGACAACAACUACAAGUACUGCUGGUCUAAAUCAUCAGCCAUUUUCCUGCGUGAAAAUGAGCAAUCUCGAGUGAUAAAGCUGAGUAAUAUGGCCGAAUUUGAACGCUUUAUGCAGAACCGAAAUGAUGGCACAGAUGAGUAAACUUUUACAUAUCGUAACUUAAUUAUAAACUACAACUAACCGUUGUUUAAAUGACUGCUAACGAGCGUAAAUUAUUCCUAAGGGAACUGCCAUUUUAUGGCACAAAUUAUAUAGAACUAAACAAUACUCCAUCUGGUAUUCAUACAACAAUGAAAAGUUUGAAUGCACUUUCUAGCAUACAUGACAUGGAACUAUAUAAUCUAAACCAAACUAAUUUUAGUGAUAUAGAUCCCGAUCAAUUUCUUUCAAAACACCAAAUUCGCACUUUCUAUCAUUCUUCAAACACUUUCAAACAGCUAAGGAACUCUUGGACGAAAUCUAAUGUAACUUCUAGCGUGUCUUUUUUCCAUAAUAAUAUUAGGAGCUUAAAACGCAAUCUAGAAAAUUUACAAGUCCAAUUAUUAGAUGAACUUAAUUAUCAUUUCAAUGUUAUUGGUAUUACCGAAACAAAAAUCACACAUUCAACCCAACUUAAUUUCAAAACAGAGAUUCCAGGAUAUGAAUUUGAGUACGUUCCUACACCACUAGCUUCUGGAGGUGUCGGUAUGUAUAUUGAUAAUACGUUAGAGUACAUAGUGCUAGAGAAAUGCUCAAAUGAUGCGUUUCAGGCCUUAUGGAUUGAAAUAAUCAACAAUGAUAAGAAAAACAUAAUCUGCGGAGUUAUCUAUCGCCAACACAAUAAUCCUAAUUGUUUUAUGGCAUAUCUUGAUGAAAUGCUUGAAAAAUUUACUUCAACAGGCAAGUCUCUGUGCAUCAUGGGGGAUUUCAACGUGGAUCUUCUAAAAUCAAAUAGUUGUAGCUAUGCUGAACACUUUCUUCUUUCUUGUCAAAGUUAUUCUUUGUUACCAUCAAUUGAUAAACCAACUAGAAUAUAUAAUAAUUCUGCUACUCUUAUUGACAAUAUACUGGUAAAUACAUACGACCAGAAAAUUUAUAGUGGCAAUAUCAUAUCCGAUAUAAGUGAUCAUUUUUCACAAUUUUGUGUUAUUCAGUCACUUAAAGAUAAACCAAAAUUGCCGGGAAACCGGAAAAUGCGGGAUUUUUCGCGAUUUUCAGAAAAUAAAUUCAUAAAUGAGGUGAGGCAAAUCAGAUGGAACAUAGUUAUUGAAAAGCACCGUAGAAAUGUUGAUAAAUUGUUUUCAUCAUUUUACAACAAAUUAAAUAAAUUAGUAAACAAACACGUACCUCGUAAAAAUGUUACGAAACGUGAUAUGAAGAACUUUUCGAAACCAUGGAUUACCACAGGGAUAAAAAGAUCAAUCAAAGAAAAAAAUAGAUUACUCACUCAAGGAGAGCAUGAGAAAUAUAAGUAUUAUCGCAAUAGAAUAUCAACUCUUAUUCGAGUAAGUAAAAAGAAAUAUUAUUAUGAAUAUUUCGAAAUUAAUCUAAAUAAUAUGAAAAACACUUGGGAUGGUAUUAAUGAUUUAAUUAACAGGAAAAAAGAAAAUCUU